CCGCUUGUCCCCUCGGCCCGCUCUCCAAACUCUCCCCACGUGAAAUGGAACAGCGGGGACCGAUCAGCGCCCUCCGAUACCUGCUGCUGCAUGCCCCGCUGCUCCUCAUAGCCAACGCUACAUUCACCGAAGUCCCCAAAGAUGUGACUGUUAGGGAGGGAGAAGAUAUUGAGAUGCCCUGUGCUUUCCGGGCGAGUGGAUCAACCUCCUACUCGCUGGAGAUCCAGUGGUGGUAUCUUAAAGACCCGCCCCGGGAGCUGGCCCACGAAUUAGCGCUCAGUGUCCCCGGCAGCAGAAACAAGGUAACAAAUAAGGAUGCAACCAAAAUCAGCACGGUGCGGGUACAGGGCAAUGACAUCUCGCACCGGCUGCGGCUGUCGGCCGUGCGGCGGCAGGACGAAGGCGUGUACGAAUGCCGGGUGUCGGAAUGCCGGGUGUCGGACUACAGCGACGACGAGACGCAGGAGCACAAGGCCCAGGCGCUGCUGCGGGUGCUGUCGCGCUUCGCGCCGCCGGACAUGCAGGCCGCCGAGGCCGUGUCUCACAUCCAGAGCAGCGGCCCGCGCCGCCACGGGGCCGCCGGCCGGGCCACCUCCGAGCCUGGCCGCGACAAGCGGCCCCCGGGGGGAACCGGGGCCGCCAGCGCCGCCAACGCCGCCCCAGCAGCAGCAGCAGCCGCGGGAGCAGCAGCCGCGGGAGCAGCGGCCGGAGCCGGGAACGAGGCUGCGGAGGCCUCAGCAGCCAACGCCGCCGCCACCACCGCAGCUGCAGCCGCCGCCGCCGCCACCGCCGCCUCCUCGGCCUCGCCUCCUCCGGGCAGGGCAGUCAUCCUCCGCCAGAGGCAUGGCUCGGGUACGGGACCUAUUUAUGCUACAGACCCAUUCCUAUACAUGUUCCUGUUAGCACUGCAUAAGCUUAUACACUUGUUAGUAAACCACUGAUGGACCUCAGUAUCCAAUACUCCUCAGCCAAACACAAAAUGAACCUAUUUCAGUCCUUGGUAAGAACUUCUGUGUCCCACAG